GGUCCCCAACCAAGGUUGGGCGAGCAGGAUAGCGGCGGGCGCGCUCUCUGUCUGCCCCCGCCCUCGCUCAGGCCCUGCGAGCCAGCCCCGCUUGGGCUGGGGGGCGCCGAGCGGGACCAUGGCGGACCAUGAGGAGCGGGCCAAGGAGAUCCUGAAGGGAUUCAAACUGAACUGGAUGAAUCUCCGAGAUGCGGAAACGGGGAAGAUUCUCUGGCAAGGAACAGAAGACCUCUCCGUCCCUGGAGUAGAACAUGAAGGGUAUUUUCGGGCUCGAGUCCCUAAGAAAAUCCUGAAAUGUAAAGCCGUCUCUCGGGAGCUCAACUUCUCCUCAACAGAACAGAUGGAGAAAUUCCGUCUGGAACAGAAAGUUUACUUCAAAGGACAGUGUCUAGAAGAAUGGUUCUUCGAGUUCGGCUUUGUGAUCCCCAACUCCACAAACACCUGGCAGUCCUUGAUAGAGGCGGCCCCAGAGUCUCAGAUGAUGCCCGCUAAUGUCCUAACCGGAAACGUCAUCAUAGAAACCAAGUUUUACGACGACGACCUCCUCGUAAGCACUUCCAGAGUAAGACUGUUCUACGUUUGAGAGGAAGCCCCCGGAAGGGGCAGGGGUGGGGGAGAGAAGGAAGAGGUCUGGUUUAGUUCCCCCCUCCCCCUUCCUCUGGUUCCUGGUGCAGCAGAUCCCCCCCCCCAUCUGAAAGCAUCCAGCAGAAGACGGUUCCUUUAAGCUGCGACCCCCGAGGGCCCCGCUCCGUGUGACGUUUGCCCACCCUCUCUUUUUUCUCCUCCUCUUGAACAGAUGGAGGAGGCUGAGUGGCUUGCCGUAUCACCAUCUGCUCAGGCUGUAAUGGGGGGGGGGGCGGUGAGUGCUGAGUCUCUAAAACAAGGGCAAGCACAUGGUCACGAAGGAUCAAGACUGUAAAUUAUGUUUAGUUUUUUUUUUUUUAAAUCCUUUGUACGUCUGGGACUGUAGCAGCCGAGGCCUCCCCGUUUCUACUGGGCAAGCUUCACGGUUUCUUAAUUCCGCCCCCCCCCCCCCCCAAAAUCUUAAGUUAACUCUCUUGUGCUUAACUCAUCGCUCCUCUUCCUGUCUUUUCCUUUUUUAAAGGAAAAAAAAUAAAAUAAAAUCCGCGCUGUCUCAGUUCUGUUUUCUGCGCGACCGGUCCAAACGCCAGCCCUGCUGUCCCCGCUCAUGAAAAUUGUAAACUAGACUGAUGUUAUUACAUAAUGUAAUUUAAAAUAAAUAAAUACAUUUCUGAAUUAAAAAGCAAACGUUGCUAGCA